AUGGAGGUUGUCAAUUGUGGUAUUCACGGUUUCCAUGAGGUGCUUGGCAUCGACAUUGAUGAGAUAUCCUUCCACUGGAGUCUGGAGAGCCAGGAACCCGACGCUGUACAAGAAGCAUACCAGAUUGUUCUCAUCAAGGGGCUGGAAUUUGAUCUAAGCACUGGAUCUGUGGCUUGGGACACCGGCCGGGUAGCCUCUCCUGCACAGCGGAAUAUUCCCUGCAGACCGAAAGAUGGGCUUGACUCAACAUGCAACUACUGGUGGCGAGUAUCGGCGUGGAAUCAGCGAGGAGAGGUGUUUCAUUCGCGGCCCAACUACUUUUUCACGGCGUACAGCAAAUCACGGCAUCUGCCGCCAUGGAGCAUGAAUCAGACGUACAUGCCGCAUACUAGCCUGAUAUUUCGAACAUGGUUCGAAGACGAAUUGAAUCGAUGGAAAGGAGUCUGGCUGGGCGAUGGUGGCGACAAACCUCUCUACCUUCGCAAGACAUUUAGUCUGGAAAGGAUACCUUCUCGGGCAAUCGCUUUUGCAUCUGGUCUGGGCCACUUUAAUCUUUCAGUUAACGGGGAACCACCUUCUGACCAUGUCUUGGAUCCUGGUUGGACCAACUAUCACCGCACCGUCCAGUUCGUUGGCUAUGAUCUCACACCACAUCUUGCAGAAGGUACCAACGCUAUUGGAGCACAUGUAGGGAAUGGGUUCUAUGCGGGCGACCAAGGCGAUCGUUUCUUUUGGCCAAACUACGAAGACCAAACGUAUGUGCGUCAUGGCAAUGAGCUGUGUUUCUUCUGCGAACUUCAUUUCUUUUACGACGAUGGUACCCACGAUGUCGUACUUUCUGGCCCAGACUGGAAAACUCGCCAAAGCGCAACUUCUCUGGCCAACAUCUAUGCCUCUGAGACUCACGAUAGGAUGGCAUAUCCACUGGGGUGGGAUACGUCCGCCUUUGACGAUUCGCAAUGGGUGGCAGCAAAACCAGUGACUGGACCACGAGGAGAGUUGAGAUAUCAACAUCAACCGCCCGUGGUGCUGCACGAAACAUUCCAUCCCAUCUCGACAAAGACGCUGAAGCCCGGUAUCGUGGCAUUCGACCUGGGCCAGAACUCAUCCAUAAUGCCUAAGAUAUCAAUCAAGGGUGAUGCGGGAUCUGAAGUCAUAAUUCGGUACGCUGAGACUGUCGACGACCAAGGAUUCGUCUUAAUGCCGGAUCCACUUUUCAAGGAAUUCGAGACGCACGUGUAUUCGAAGAUCGUUCUAGCUGGCACUGGUGACUUUGAGGUCUGGCAGCCUGACUUUUCCUUCACCAGUGCUCGGUACAUUCAAGUCGAAGGCGUGUCGCUCGAGGCAGGUCAAAGUCUCCCUCUCAUAGAAUCUGCAGUUGGACAACAUGUCUCAUCUGCUGCUCGUUGCUUGGGAUCAGUGAGGACCGACAGAGACGAUGUCAACCAGCUCAUCAACGCAUGCUACUGGACCUACUCGAGUAAUCUCUUCAGCUAUCAUACGGACUGCCCGCAGAUUGAGAAGUUUGGUUGGCUCGAAGUCACCCACCUGCUUUUUCCAGCAACACAGUACGUACGAGACAUCGAGGCGCUGCACAGCAAGAUAUUGGAAGAUAUCCUUGAUGCUCAGGAACCAUCAGGUUUCAUCCCAAACAUGGCCCCAGACACUCGCUUCAUGUGCGGGCCGAUGAGAAACUGCAUCACCUGGAGUUGUGCGGUCUGCUUUAUUCCCGAUCUCCUCAAGAAGUACUACGGCGUCACGCACAUGAUCAAGAAAGUGUACCCCUCCGCCGUGCGGUUUGUGGAGUAUAUGCAGUCAUGGGAGCGAAAAGGCGGGCUCAUCAUGCACGGUCUGGGCGACUGGGGCAGAGACAUUGCAUUCGGCAACCUACAAGCCAACAUCGAGACGGCAGUAUACCACAAAUGUGUCAAAUGCCUGGAGAUGAUGGCGAUAGAGCUUGGGAAGGCCGGUGAUGCCGAGCGGUUCAAGACUUGGGCAGCAGAGAUCUACAGCGUCUACAACGACCACUUGCUUGUGACGAAUGACCCCGAACAUCCCCAAAGCUACUACACAUCUCUCGAUGACCACCCAAGAAGAGAUCGACAUGCGGUUGCCCAGGCGAUUGCUUUACAGUUUGGAAUGGUCCCUGCGGAGCACAUUGCAGACGUACAGAAGACGUUCCUAGCAGAUGUGGCCGACGGCGUGAUGCGAUCUGGUGAGAUUGGGUUACGUUACCUUUUCAUUACCCUGGAUGAUCUUCGCCGGCCCGACUUGGUAUUGAAAAUGGCGCGGCAGGAAGAUCAUCCUUCCUAUAUGCGCUUUCUACGACGAGGCGAAACGACUUUGCUAGAGUUCUGGCAGGACGACUGCCGUUCAAAAUGCCACGAUAUGCUUGGAACAAUAUACGAAUGGUUCUAUGCUGCAGUCCUGGGUAUCAAGCCCAUCGAAGACGCAUAUAGAACGUUCUCAAUCCGGCCACCGUAUGAAAGCGAGUUCGACGAAGUCCAGGGGAAUGUGGACUGUCCUUAUGGGCAAAUCAAAGUCCAUUUCCGCCGUGAGAGGGAUGCUGGCAAAGUCCUGCUGGAUCUGGUAGUGCCUGUGAGUACUACGGCGACUCUAGAGCUCCCAGACCUCCAUGUUGCUGUUUUGCUCGAGCCUUGGAAAGGGCCAAAACUGGAGCUAGGCAGCAAUGAGCGUAGGGUCAAGAUUAGCCAUGGAAAAUACAUUGUCACGAUGGAGGGCGUGUAG